ACUGCGGGCACCGGGCACCGGGAGCUGCGAGCGGAGCGCACCGACCGACCGACGGACGCACGGAGCGGCGCUGCCUUCUCGGACGCGGCUGAGCUGCGCGGAGCGACGAUGGACCCGCGGCCCGCCGGAGAUGACUUUAGGGAGAUGAAGGCGGUGUGGAUAGGAAGCCCAGGUCCCAUUUCAGUCACAGACACUCUCAUAGCCUUCCUUCUGUCCUACCUGCUUCUGGUCUUCAUCAAAUCCUUCUGGCAGCGGAUUCCCCCAGGACUGAAGAGACCACCUGGGCCAAGAGGGUAUCCACUGAUUGGCAAUAUGCUGGACCUGGGAAAGAACCCACAUCGCAGCUUGGCAGAGAUGAGCCAGAAGUACGGGGAUGUGAUGCAGAUCCACCUCGGCACCAGACCAGUGGUCGUGCUGAGUGGCUUGGAAACCAUCAGGCAAGCCCUGAUUAAGCAAGCAGAUGACUUUCUGGCCCGCCCUGAUCUCUACAGCUUCCAGUUCAUUGAAGACGGCCAGAGUUUAACCUUUGGCCGGCUUUCGCUAGAUGUAUGGCGAGCCAAUAGAAAGCUAGCUCAGACUGCACUGAAGGCCUUCUCGUCCACCUCUCUGUUGGAGGACCACGUCUCCGAGCAAGCAGACUGCCUCAUAGCAAAGUUCCAGGAGCUGAUGAAGGAAAAGGAGAGCUUUGAACCUUACCAGUACCUGGUAAUCUCCGUGCUCAAUGUAAUCUGUGCCAUGUGUUUUGGGAAGCAUUACAACCAUGAAGACCAGGAGCUGCUCAAGAUGUUGAACAUGAACAAUGAGUUUGGGGAAGCAAGUGCUUCUGGGAACCCAGCCGACUUCAUCCCCAUCCUCCGGUAUCUUCCCAACAAAGCCAUGAAGGCUUUCCAGGAGGUCAAUCAGCGCUUCAGUGCACUUGUGCAGAAGAUAGUUAAGGAGCAUUACCUAAACUUCGACAAGAACAACAUCCGAGACAUUACCGACUCCCUGAUCGACCAGUGCCAAGGCGAGGGCAUGGACGUGAAUCCCAACGUCCAGCAACUGAAUCGAAAGGUUACGUACAUUGUCAAUGACCUUUUCGGAGCUGGAUUUGACACAGUGACCACUGCUCUGUCCUGGUGCCUGAUGUACUUGGCAACUUACCCUGAAGUCCAGAAGAAGAUCCAGGAAGAAAUAGACCAAACCAUCGGCAGAGAACGGAAGCCCAGACUGUCGGAUCGCCCCAUGCUGCCCUACACAGAAGCCUUCAUCAUGGAGGUGUUCAGACACACCACCUUUGUGCCCUUCACAAUCCCUCACUGCACCAACAGGGACACCACUGUGAACGGCUUCUACAUCCCCCGGGACACCUGUGUGUUUGUCAACCAGUGGCAAGUCAACCACGAUCCGAAGUUGUGGAAGGACCCUUGCGAUUUCAGCCCGGAACGCUUCCUUUCUGCAGACGGGACCGGCAUAAGCAGAAACGAGGUGGAAAAGGUUCUGCUUUUUGGGUUGGGCAAGAGGAGAUGCCUGGGAGAGAAUAUUGGAAAAUGGGAGAUCUUCUUGUUCUUGACCACCCUGGUCCAGACACUGGAAUUCCAUGUGCUUAACAGAGAGACGGUAGAUAUGACACCUCGGUAUGGACUCACUAUGAAAUACAAGAUGUGUGAGCAGUUCCAGGUCAAACAGCGCUUCUAACCCAGGAAAUCUGGAGCAGGAAGAGUUGGAUGCUGAUUCAGGGAAGAAAGUGGGUGGGGGAAUCCUACCUAGCAGGUAUUCCUAUUUCUCUUUUGAGUGGAUCAGCCAUCCGGGCUAAGCUGUGACUUGAUCUACCCACAGAGGCAGACAAAAUAUAGCUAUUACUGCAAAGGAAACUGGGACAGAUACUACUGUGAAAAGCAGGGAAUCUUUAUUUGCUGGGCAAUCAUAGCGACCCGCAAGGUCAUUUGGCUUGUGCGUGACUUGAAGUCAAGUCAUGGGAGAACUUUUUCUGCUUUGACUGCAUGAAGGGUAUUGUUACUGCCAGGGUCGUAAAGUAAGACUUAGUAGCCCGGAAGGGCAAGUCUUCUACAGAGAGGAAGCUAAUUCCAAUAUAAUGACAUUGGAAGUUACUUGCCAGAGGAGCUGUGGGAAUAUUCCACGCAAAGGUGGCCAUGGAGUUCAUGCAGAGCUCACGGUCAGAGGCCCUUCCGGCCUCCUUUGCUGCCCCUUGUGUCUCUAAGGGCACAAUCCUGCGCACGUUAGAAAGGCUUGCCACCUCCAACAAGGCGGCCAAUUCUUGACCUUUUCCAUCCAAGGCCACUGAGGUGCACCGUCGCUCAUUCAGCUUUUCACGUUCUCACCACUCUCUAGGGCCUAGGGCCGCUUUUGGUGGGUUUGACUUGGGUGUGAUCCUUUUGACUUCCCUGCAGCUGGGGAUGAUGGCUUAGCACAUGUCUCUUUCAAGGCCAACCUCCAGAUCAGAUUCUCCACAGGGCAGUGAUUCUAUGUGUAAUGUGUCCAUAUAUGUAAUGUCAAAAAUAUAUAGAAAUAAAUGGCUUUUAAAGAUU